AUGGAGCUGCGGCUCGUGAGCGGCGUGCUGAAGGUGCAGGUGGAGGAGAUGGCGGGCGACGUGGGGGAGCGCGUGGGGGCGCUGGAGGCGAAGCUAAGGGAGCAAGGCGACGCCAUGGCUGCCAUGCAGAGCGACAUGGCCGACAUGCGCCGCACCAUGGCUCAGCUCAAGGGGAUGGCUGCGACGGGUGCUUCCGCGGAGGGGGCGGAAAAAGGAAGCGCGUCGGGGGAGGCAUCGGAAGGCAUUGGAGCGCAGCCGCUGAAUGGAGCAUGGGAUUACGGUUCUGCUGCGUUUGAAGUGAAGGAGGUGAAGCCGCAGGUGGACGCGGCGAGGAGGGCGGCGGGGGACACAGCGAGUGAGAUGCGCGGGGAGAUGGGCGCGCUAAAGGCGGAACUUGCGCAAUGGAGGGCCGCGGCGGAGCGGCAGGCGGCGGAGGUGGCAUAUGUGAAGGCGACGGUGUCGCACUCGGAGGCGCGCAUCAACGACGUCGAGCUGGCACUCGCCGCGCUCAAGGACAGCGGCGCGGGGAGCAUCCGCAACGAGCGCAGGGGGGGCAGCGCGGGGGAGCAUGAGGGGCCUGAGAGGCGGCGUGAGGGGAAGAAGCGGAAGCGGGAGGCGGUGGGGAAAAAUGAAGGGUUGGUAGAUGCGGCUAGACAUGCUUUGACUGCAGCUGGUGGUGCCCUGCCAGUUGAAACGAUGAAUGAGGUGGAAAGGCAGGGCGGAGCGCAGGGGGUGGGGAAUACUGCUGCGUGCAACACAGAUGGAGAACUGAAGGGGCUCAGGACGCGAGUGGAAGCACUGGAGACAAUGAGCGUUGUAGGAGGAAAGACGUGGGAGCUAUCUUCCCAUCCGAGCAACGUCGCCAUGGCGGGCCCGGCCAGCCGCGCAUUGCGUGGCAGCGCGCCGUAG